CUCAGAUUUGUCUGCGGUCCACGACGCAUUUGUAAGUCGAGAUGCAGCACAAGAUAUAGUAAUCGAUUCCUGGGAGUCAUAAAGUCUUAUAUACCGCCUCUAGUCUCGAGAACAUCCUUUGCUUGAGCCAACGUCUGGAGUAGCGAGAUAACUUUCUUCCACAAUUCCGUCAUACCAUCGACGAUACAGAGAAUCGACAUGGCCGCAUUGAACCUGCCCAAAUGGCUCAAAGACAAUUCUCACCUCCUUAAACCUCCUAUCAACAACUACUGCGUCUACCAUCCCUCGUCACCCUCCUCAGGUGGCCUGACGGUCAUGGUCGUCGGCGGGCCCAACGCUCGAACAGACUACCACAUCAACACCACUCCAGAAUUCUUCUACCAGCACAAAGGUUCCAUGCUCCUCAAGACCAUGGACACAUCAACGUCGCCUCACACCCCAGUAGACAUCCCCAUCCAUGAGAAUUCGCUGUACCUCUUACCCGCCAACACUCCUCAUAAUCCCGUCCGAUUCGCGGAUACAGUUGGGGUGGUCCUGGAGCAGCCGCGACAAGAAGAUUCAGUCGACACGAUGCGGUGGUAUUGCAAGAACUGUCAUAAUAUCGUGCACGAGGCGAGCUUCCAUUUGACAGAUCUGGGCACGCAGAUCAAAGAGGGUGUAUUGGCUUUCGAAAACGACAUGGACGCCAGAACGUGUAAGAACUGCGGGACAGUGGCCACCUCAAAACCUGCAGAGGGAGAGAUACAACAGCCGCCGAGAUUCCCUCCCGAGUGACCUAUUGGUCUAAGUCACUCAAUUGCCGUUGUGGAUGCUUUGUCCUUUUCCUGACCAUGGAUAGUGUUCGCCUGUAGAUUACUCCGCUCUUCAGCAAGCUGCUUCAGAACAUCUUCCGCGACUUUCAGUGCACUUGGGGGCAGACCAGCCAAUUUGGCCACUUUCAGUGCGUGGGAUUGUCGAUUAAUACCCUUUCGCAGUCGGUGCACAAAG